CCAAUCGGAAUCCAAAUUUAAUUUGCCUUCGUUGCGCGCCCUCUCGUCUCAUGAAGAGAGUGAAAAUUAGCAAAAUCCUCAGAGAUAGAAAUAUAUUCGCUACUAACUACGGUAUCAAAUGUAACUUGGCUCUCCACAGAAAGGCCGUUAGCAUAGACCAUCUAACCAGCAAUUCAAGAUCAUCUCAACAUCUCUGAACUUCAGCCAAAAUGUCAAGUGGAGACUCGCUUUCGGACAGUGUUGAGGAGCUGGAUGACUUCUCAGACUUUGACAGUGACUAUGGGACCACGAUAAAAGCCACAAAGCGGAGAAAACAGGCAGUGCCCGGACCUCAGCCUCCCAAGAGGCCCAGGCGUAAAGCUGCACAGAGGGUGACGUCCAGCCCUAGUAACAGCCUGAUCCGUGGUCCUUUGGACGUGUCUGUGCAGCAGAAGGCCUCCCGGGGAACAUCCAAGCAGGUCCCUAUACCGUUGAGAAGAGUGAAUGAGGGGAGCCAGGAUAUCAGUGCAGAGGAUAUCUAUGAUGCAGUUUGCUCUGGAAAGAGCGCCAUGGUGUCGGUGGUGGACGAGUGGCUAGACAGCUACAAGCGAAACCGAGAGGCGGGACUGCUGGUGCUCAUCAACUUCAUUGUUCAGUCCUGUGGAUGCAAAGGUGUGGUUAGCCAAGAGAUGUUUGACAGCAUGCAGAAUUUCGAGAUCAUCAGCACACUAACCAAAGAGUUUAAUGAGGAUUCAGCAAACUACCCUCUGUCCACUCCAGGCCCCCAGCUGAAACGCUUUAAAGCCGGCCUGUGUGAGUUUGCUCAGGUUCUGCUGCGCUCCUGUCGGAAUAGCCUCAUUUAUGAUGAAUACCUCUUCCCUUCCCUGCUGUCCCUGCUCACUGGCCUGACUGACUCCCAGGUCCGAGCCUUCAGACACACCAGUACCCUGCUUGCCAUGAAGCUGAUGACAGGGCUGGUUGAAGUAGCUGUCACAGUUUCUAUUCAGCUGCAGACCACACAGCGGCAAUAUGACAUGGAGAAGAGCAAGAGGGUACAUGACAGAGCCUCUGACAGACUGGAGGAGCUGCAGGCCACCAUCAAAGAGCUGCACGAGAACAGAGAAGAGCUCUCCUCCCUCAUGAACGCCACCUUCCGUGGUGUGUUUGUGCACCGUUAUCGGGACCAGCUGCCUGACAUUCGUGCAGCGUGUAUUGAGGAGAUGGGUGCGUGGCUGAAAACGGACCCUGAGGACUUCCUUAAUGAUGGAUAUCUUAAAUACCUGGGCUGGACCCUUUAUGACAAGCAAAAUGCAGUACGUCUAAAGUGUGUGCGCGCCCUGCAGGGUCUGUACCAGGAGAAGGAAUUCAUUGGCCGCCUAGAGCUUUUUACCAGCAGAUUCAAAGAGAGGAUACUCAGCAUGUCGGCGGACAAGGACCUUGACGUGGCAGUGGAAGCAGUCAAUCUGUUGCUGCUGAUUCAACAGAACACAGAGGAAGGCCUGACAGAGGAGGACUGCGGUCACAUCUAUCCCCUGGUUUAUGCUUCACAUAGAGGCCUGGCGUCUGCAGCCGGCGCCUUCCUCUACAACAAGCUGAAAACUCUGUCUUCCAGUGGCAACCAGGGGAAUAAUAAAAGUGACAAUGCAGUCUUCUUAGAAAUCCUCAUGUCCUUCCACAUCCAGAAUGAGUUCCAUGAGCACGGAGCGUACCUGGUGGACAGUCUGUGGAGCGUGGCAGGGUCUGAGCUGAGAGACUGGGAGGCUAUGACACUACUGCUGCAGGAGGCUGGUCUGAUGUAUGAGGAGGAGGGCGCUCUCAUAGACCUCAUGAUGUGUGCCAUCCGACAGGCAGCACAGGCAACCUCACCUGUGGGGAGAGCUCAGGGCAAAAAGAUCCUGAGUAUGAAGGAUAAGAAGAUCCAGGAACAAGACAGGAGACGUAUCACCACCCAUUUCAUCCCUUUACUCCCACAGCUGCUGUCCAAGCAGUACUCGGCAGAUGCAGGGAAGGUGACCCUCCUUCUCAAAGCUCCCCUCUACUUUGACCUGGAGAUGUACAACAGCACUCAGUGGCUGGACAAGCAUCUGGACCUGCUGCUGUCCCAGGUAUGUGGCAUUGUGGAGAAGCACACUGAGGUCACUGUGUUGGAGGCUUGCGCCCUCCUGGCCAGCUCCCUUUGCUCCGACCGCUACACCUUCUCCUCUCGUGCAAAUCUGGCAUUCAGCCAGCUGUUGGAUGGCUUGUACGAGUGCUUCAACACUUACUUAGGGGACCUGAUACAGGGCACUGCAGAUGAUGAUGAUGUAUACUGUGCAGCUACUGCCUUGAAAAGGAUUGCUGCCCUGAGCAGUGUCAAAGACCCAACAGGCUCAAAGCUGUUUGGCUCCUGUCUUGAACUGCUGAAGAGCAGGGUGGAGUCUAGAGAGCUCAACAAGGAGCUCAUGGUGUCGGCUUUGAAAUGUGCAGCCUACCACCUGAUGUGGGCCAAAAGGAACACGGUCAACUCCAAGCCAGCUGAGGCAGAACUGAAGCAUCUGAAGAAGGAGCUGCGUUCGUUCUGCGGAGUCUGUCAGACAUGUCUGUCUCUGAACCAGACUGAGAUCAGAGAUGAGGCAUUUGUGCUGCUGUGUGACAUGUUGCUGUUGUACAGCGUGAAUGCGGUCCGCUCUGAACCAGCUCUUGAAACACUGGUCUAUCUGCCGUCUGACUCCCUGCGCGCGGAGUUGGCUGCUUUCCUGCUGGACUACGUCUUCACUGAUAGUGAAGAUGCUGACCUCAAUGAUGAGGAUGAUGAUGAGAUGAAGAUAAUUCUCCUCCAGAGAAAACGCAACCAACUGGCUGGCUACUGUAAGCUGGUCAUCUAUGGGGUGCUGGACCUCACUGCUGCCACAGAUGUCUUGAAGCACUACAGCAAGUUCUUUAAAGACUUUGGUGACAUCAUUAAAGAGACUAUGAGCAGGUGCAAGCUCAUCAGUCCUGUACAAAAUGCCAAGAUGCUCUGUCUGAGUCUGCAGCAGCUGUUCUCAGAGAUGCUUACAGAGGACCACAGCAGGCAGGAUCUCCUUGAGAUUAGAGACUUGGCCAAGAAGUUUGCCAUGAGUUUUGGCAUCGAUCUCAACCGUAUCCGCAAACCACUGGUGGCUCUGCAUAUGGACGGCAUACGUUUUGCGUUUCGGGAGCCACAGGAGGGAGAGGAGCGCCAUGUGAAUGUGGCCUUCUUGGAGAUCCUGAGCGAGUUCAGCUUCAAGCUGCUGCCACAGGACUGCGCCCAGCUGGCUGCGUUUCUGGAAUCAGAGUGUCCCAGUGCUGCCCUUUCCCUGCCGCCACUCAGGCUGUAUCAGCGUUCUUUGCAAGCUCGUGCUUCAUCUAAACCCAGAGAACAGGAGGGAGGGGGUGAUGCUGUCUCCUCACCUGAUAUCCCUGUAGCUAAACGCAAAAAGACCACUGCUCAGGAUUCAGUGUCCAGCAUCGCCAGAGGAUCCUGGUUGGACAACAGCAGCAACAUUGACAGCGUGCACACCCCAGCCCUCACCUCCACUGUCCUGAGACUGCCAGCCGAGCAGCUGGCUUCAAGGAAACCCAGAGCCACAGAGUCUGAUAUUGGCAGCGGCUUAACAGAGUCAGAGGAUGAGUUCUCCUCAGGGUCACAGAUGCGUAAGGUGAAACCCACCAAACGACACCAGCUCUCUCCCAGCCUGACUGGCCCAGGUUUGGCUCAGCAAGACCUGGACUCCCACCUCAUCUUAUUGUCCCUGAUUGAGGGUGAGGCUGCAGAAAGAGAGGAGGCUGAGAUCGAAGAUUAUGAAAGCGACUCUGACCAUGAAUCUGCUUACACACUGCCAUCCACACGGCACACUUCUGCAAGUGUCCUUGAUGAGCUCUUUGACUGAAGACAGAGAAAGGUGAACCAUCUUGGUGAACACUGCGUGAUUAAUACAUCUCUCUAACACUAGUGUGCUGUAGUACUUUCAGUACAUCUAAGUGUGAUAAAUAUUUGAACCAUCUAGUCUUCUUAAUGACUCACUGCUGACUUUACUCAAUUUCAUUUCUGUCACUCAUUUACUUGGAUGGAAAAGUCAGAAUAAUGAUUAUAAAAACCUUUAUUAUUCACUGUUAGAAGUGUUUGUGUUUUGAAUACACAGAGCAGCCAUUCAGAUGCUCACAUUUCUGAAAUAUUCCAGCUAAAAAGAAAUGUUUAGUUUGAUACUUUUCUACUGGAAACUUAGUCUCUCCGUCUGUGUUCCACUUGGCACUGUUGUUGACGGCACCUUUUGUUUAUUAUAAGCACUUUUGAAUUUAAUGUUUAAUAAAAGAUACUUAAUUGAGCAGAAUAUCAGUGUAUGUCUUUAAUAUGAUCACAAGAAAAGGUGUGACAGUGAUACAUAUAGUGCCUAAAUAAUACAAAUAUAUACACAAGGUAGAAAAAAAGAUUGGUUGUUGGUAUAAUAGCUUAUGCUCAGUGUUGUGCUUUCUUUUUCCAGUAACGUUUUGUGAUGAAAUGAAGUACAAAACUGACAGGGUUCCAUGUUGAUAGUACUUGCUAUAGCCUAAUUUCUACUCUUAAUGAGCAGCUUGUGUUUAUAUUUGUGAUUUAAAAAAAAGACAUGUUAAUAUAGAACUAAGACUAAAUAUAUGGUUGAUAGUUUCAUUAAGGGGUCCUAUACUUUGGAGGGUCAUAUUAUCCCCCACCCCCAAAUCAGCCGAGUACUGGGCAACGCUAACUUCGUCCUGGGGUUGUUCUCUCAUAUGAAAUCCAAUCAAAGCCUUUCGCGCCAAUCUUGACAAACAGGGCGGAAGUUUGUAGAGUCACGUGACAAAGAACCCUUCGCAACUUUCGCGCCGCCACAAAAUCCUGCCUCUCCCAGCAAAAACAAGUGACCUGAUUGGCUGCUGUAUACGUCACACUCGCGCCACUUGCACCGCGAGCUGGGGAAAACUCAAGUGAAUGAAUACUGGUCUCCGUUGAUAGAGAAGUGAUUAAAACGUACAUCUAAGCUGCAUUUUUUGUUGUUCUGCGGGGCCGUUAGGACUUUAAAAUCAAAUUAUCAGUCCUGAGGUUCAACGUGUACAGCCAUGGCUCCUAAGGAUUAUGAGGCAGAGAAAG